UGGUAGCUCCUCCUCCUCUCCCCCUCCUGCCGCUCCCCCCUCCCUCCGCCAGUCACUCAGUCAGUCAGUCGCGGCCGCCGCUGGCCCCCUCUAGCAUGGUGUGGGUCCGCCGCCGCUCGCCCCCCACCGGCCUCACCUGACCUCCCGCUCGCCCGCCUCCCUCCCUUCCUUUCCCAGCCCCACGCCAGCCAGCAUGGGCGAGAGGCUGGAACUCCGGCUGAAGUCGCCCGUUGGAGCCGAGCCGGCCGUCUACCCCUGGCCCCUGCCCGUCUACGACAAGCACCACGAUGCUGCUCAUGAAAUCAUUGAGACAAUUCGGUGGGUCUGCGAAGAAAUUCCAGACCUCAAGCUUGCUAUGGAAAACUACGUUUUAAUUGACUACGAUACUAAAAGCUUUGAAAGCAUGCAACGGCUUUGUGACAAAUACAACCGUGCCAUCGAUAGCAUUCACCAAUUGUGGAAAGGAACCACUCAGCCCAUGAAGCUCAAUACCCGCCCCUCCAAUGGGCUCCUCCGCCAUAUCCUCCAGCAAGUCUAUAACCACUCGGUGACCGACCCAGAGAAACUCAACAACUAUGAGCCCUUUUCCCCAGAGGUGUACGGAGAGACGUCCUUUGACUUGGUGGCCCAGAUGAUAGAUGAGAUCAAGAUGACGGAAGACGACCUGUUUGUCGACUUGGGUAGUGGUGUGGGCCAAGUCGUUCUACAAGUAGCUGCGGCCACCAAUUGCAAACAUCACUAUGGUGUGGAGAAAGCUGAUAUUCCGGCCAAAUACGCUGAGACGAUGGACAAAGAAUUCCGAAAGUGGAUGAAAUGGUAUGGGAAAAAACACGCAGAAUACACACUGGAAAGAGGGGACUUUCUCUCAGAAGAGUGGCGAGAGAGAAUUGCAAACACAAGUGUUAUCUUUGUGAAUAACUUUGCCUUUGGUCCUGAGGUGGAUCACCAGUUGAAGGAGCGAUUUGCAAACAUGAAGGAAGGUGGCCAAAUUGUCUCUUCGAAACCUUUUGCACCGCUAAACUUUAGAAUAAACAGUCGAAACUUGAGUGACAUUGGCACUAUCAUGAGGGUUGUCGAAUUGUCCCCACUGAAAGGGUCUGUCUCGUGGACCGGGAAACCAGUUUCUUACUACCUGCAUACUAUUGAUCGAACCAUACUUGAAAAUUACUUCUCUAGUCUCAAAAACCCAAAACUCAGGGAGGAACAAGAGGCAGCUAGACGCCGACAGCAGAGAGAGACCAAGAGCAACACAACGACCCCGACGAAGGUCCCCGAAAACAAGGACUAUGGUGCUGAAGAAGAUAGAAGCCUUCGGGCCAACACCAUCAAAAAGCCAUCUCCGUCCAAAGCACGGAAGAAGAAGCUCAGCAAAAAGGGAAGGAAGAUGGUGGGCCGAAAGCGUGGGCGCCCCAAGAAGAUGAACGUCGGGAGCUCGGAGCGCAAGACCAAGAAGAACCAGACGGCGCUGGAGCUCCUCCACGCUCAGACCGUGUCCCAGGCAUGCUCAUCCUCUCCUCAGGAUGCAUACAGGUCACCUCGUAGUCCAUAUUACCAACUACCUCCUAAAGUGCAACGGCAUUCUUCAAAUCAGCUGUUGGUGACUCCCACCCCUCCUGCACUACAGAAGCUGCUAGACUCUUUUAAAAUCCAGUACAUGCAGUUCAUGGCGUACAUGAAGACUCCUCAGUACAAGGCAAACCUUCAGCAGCUGCUGGAACAGGAAAAGGAAAAGAAUACUCAGUUACUGGGGAAAGCGCAGCAGCUAUUUUCUCACUGUCAGGCUCAGAAAGAAGAGAUCAAGCGGCUGCUUCAGCAGAAGCUGGACGAGCUGGGCGUGAAGGCGCUGACGUACAACGACCUCAUCCAAGCGCAGAAAGAGAUCUCGGCUCACAACCAGCAGCUGAAGGAGCAGACCAAGCAGCUGGAGAAGGAUAACGGUGAACUCAGGAACCAGAGCCUGCAACUGCUGAAGGCCAGAUGUGAAGAACUGAAGCUGGACUGGUCCACACUGUCACUGGAGAAUCUGCUGAAAGAAAAGCAGGCACUGAAGAACCAGAUUUCCGAGAAACAGAAGCACUGCUUGGAACUGCAGAUCAGCAUCGUGGAGCUCGAGAAGAGCCAACGGCAGCAGGAGCUUCUGCAGUUGAAGUCGUACAUGCCACCUGACGAAUCGCUGCCCCGCCACAAAAGCCACCCGCCCCGCGAGCCCGAGCCCGGCCACGGCAUGUUCCACCUGGAGCUGGAGUGUUCCAAGUUCCCCGUGCCCCACCUGAACGGCAUGAGCCCCGAGCUCUCCAUGAACGGCCACGCCACCUCCUACGAGAUCCACCAGGCCCUCGGCAGGCCCUCCUCCAAGCAGAGCACCCCGCAGUAUGCCGCCUCGCACCUGGACCAAGAGAUCGUCCCUUGCACUCCCAGCCAUGCCUGCCGGCAGAAGCCAGACAAGGCCUCCAGUUUGUCCUUGCCGGAUUACACCCGGUUUUCCCCGGCUAAGAUCGCCCUCCGGAGGCAUCUGAACCAAGACCACGCAGGCAGCGGGAAAGCAGCAGCGAACGAGAACCAUCCAAGAGCUGAGCACAUAAAAGAGAACGGCCUUCUGUUUCCGAGCCCGACGAUAGCGAACGGCAUAAAAAUGAGCCCUCAGGAAGCCCGGCCCUCCUCUCCAGCAGCCUUGCCCAUCGCCAGCGAGAAGGCUUUGAGAGAGAGGACGUCCGUGAAUAACGGGGAGACCAUCACCAGCCUCCCCAUCAGUAUUCCCCUCAGCACGGUGCAGCCCAAUAAACUCCCUGUUAGUAUCCCCCUGGCCAGCGUAGUUCUACCUAGCCGUGUUGAGAAGGUGAGGAGCACACCCAGCCCUGUCCACCAGAACCGCGACUCCUUUUCGACACUUGAAAAACCAUUUGGUGCUAGUUCUCAUAACGGCAGCGUCAGCAACCCUGCUGGCAACAAGCCACUGACUUUGGCUACCUCAGGUUUUCCUUGCCUGCCUGGCUCCACACUGGUCAACGGGACCCUUUCGAGCAGCCCCGCCCAGCUGAACCACAGCUUCGACCACACGGCUCUGGAAGACGUGUCCAGUUCAGGAAGCUUGUUCAAUUCGGCGGGCUCUCGGAGCUCCACACCUCAGCACCCCUCCUUGCUCAUGAUGCCCUCCUGGAAUUCCGGGCAGAACUCCCCCGCGCACCAGCACUCGGCUAGCCCCCAGCUGAACGGGGCUCCCCCGGGCCUGGGCGGGGUCCUGCAGUACGUGGAAGGCACCCGAGGCGACCCGCAGCCCAACCCGGCCUUCUCGGACCCCGAAAGCGAGACCAAGGGGAGGAUCAUCUUCACCAUCUCGCCCACCACGGGGACCAUCAAGCAUUCUCCCUCUAGCAAGCACGGCCCUCUCACCGCAAGCAUCCGGAUGGAGUGUGGCCCGGCCUACGGGCAGGACGGGAAGAAGCGUGGCCGGAGGAAGCGCUCCUCCACAGGGACGCCCGGCGUGAACUCUGGGGUGUCGCCCAAGCGCAAGUCUCUGCCAACGGUGGCGGGUCUCUUCACCCAGUCGUCGGGGUCUCCCCUUAAUAUCAGCUCAAUGGUCAGUAACAUUAACCAGCCUUUAGAAAUAACAGCCAUUUCUUCCCCUGAAAACUCGCUGAAGAACUCUCCUGUUCCAUACCAGGAUAACGACCAGCCACCCGUGCUUAAAAAGGAGAAGCCCCUUGGGCAGAGCAAUGGCAUCCAUUACUCACCGCUGACCUCGGACGAGGAGCAGGGCUCAGAAGACGACCGGAACAGUACCAGAAUCGAGAGGAAAAUCGCAACAAUAUCGCUGGAAAGCAAAUCGCCGCAAAAGCCGGUGGAGAACAGCAUCAGCUUAACCGGGCGGAAGCCAGCCAGCGAGAACGUCAACAGCAGCAAGUGGAAGUCCACCUUCUCUCCCAUUUCCGACAUCAACCUGACCAAACCGGUGGACAGCCCUUUGCAAGCCCCGCCGCCCCUGAGCCAGAACUCCCUCUUUGCCUUCAGGCCGCCCGCCGAGGACGGCGCCGCUGGGGAGGCCAAGGCCGGGUCCCAGGGGAGGAAGCACACGGCUGGGGACGCCAAGGCCGGGCCAGAGGGGCUGGGGCUGUGUGCUAACUCCGUGAACGGCUUUGCGUACAACGGGGGGCUGUCGGUGGACCUCGGUUUACAUAGCUUUAUUGACGGUGCUUCGCUCCCCCACAAAGCCGCCGACGCUGCCGCCGCGGCGCCGGCACUGGGGAGCUCCUCCUCGCUGGGCUUCCUGGUGCAGCGGAACAAAGAAGCCGGCCUCUCUGACUCGAAUCCGUUCCUGAGCAAAAGGCAGCUGGACAGCCUGGGGGCCGCCAAAGGGGAGGACCUCAACUGGCCGGGCCCCAAAAGCAGAGAGGCCGGGGAGCUGGGCGUCCGCUUGGGGGGCUCUUCGGAGAAGGCCUCGGUGCUACACAAUGGCAAAAUCGGCAAGGGCCGGGAGCGGGACGUAGAGUUCAAGAACGGCCACAACCUCUUCAUUGCCGCCGCGGCCGCCGCUGUACCGUCGGGUGGCCUCCUCAACGGCAAAGCCGCCGCCGCCGCCAACCCGGCGGCCUCCUCCGCUCAGACCCACCACUCCUUCUUGAACUCGCUGGCCGCCGGCUCCCAGUUCUCCCUCGGCCCCAUGGUGACGACCGCCUCCGUGCUGCAGACCUUGUUCAACUCGAUGCCGGCCACUGGCCUGGUCCCCGUCUCGUCCGCUGCGACCCGCCUCUCAAACGCGCACGCGAUGGGGAGCUUCUCUCCGGGGGUUACAGGUGGAACAGUUGGAGGUAUUUUUAACCAUGUGGUGCCUUCUGCCUCCUCCUCCUCCUCCUCCUUCACUCCUUCUCCUUCCAUUUCCUCUUCCUCCUUUUCCUCCUCCUCCUCCUCCUCCUCUCUCCCCUUUGGAGCCUCCCUGGGCCACGGCGCUGGUUCCAGCUGUGCCGUGCUGAGCUUAACCCCUCCGCAGGUGGCGGCCGGCUCUCCCUCCUUGCACGUGCCCCCCCACCCCCCGCCCCCCAGCGACGCCCAGCAUCUCAGCCGCGCCACCGCGCCCCCCUCUCUCCGCUCCCCUCCUCCCCCGAAUGUCUCCCUCCCGCCCCCGCCUCCUCUCCUCGCGUCUCACUCCGAACCUGUCCUCCUGCAGAGCAUGUCCUCCCUGCCGGCCGCCGAGGCCUUCUUGCCACCCUCCUCCUCCUCCUCCUCCUCCACCACCGCUAACUCCGCUUUGUCUCUUAAGCUAGCUUCUCUCCAGCACAAAACCGCCUGCCCCUCCUUUACUGUCCACCACCCGCCUCUGCCCCGCUUGGCGCUGGCGCAGGCCGCGCCUGGGAUCCCACAGUCCACCGCAGCCGGCCCACCCGCCAUGUGGGUCACCCUGGGCAUGCAGUCUCCUUACGCUUCGCACCUCUCGGGGGUUAAGCCGCGAUAACGAGCUCGACUUAGCUUAAGCAUUAGUGCUUUGUAAGGUAACUAGGAUUUCUACCUCAACCCAACGUGACCUAUGCAAAGAUAAUGUGGACCAACUUCUCUCUGCUUCCACUGAAGGUGCUCGCCUGGGAACGCUCAAGGGUUUCUGCUCCCCCUUCUUCUUUUGUGUGUGUGUGUCUCUCUCUCUUUCUCUCUCUACAUAUAUAUAUAUAUAUAUCAGUACUGGACAAAACAAACCAAGUCAUAAACACAAGACCAGAAAAAAGAAAAUGCUACUGUGAAUCUAAGUUAAAUAUAUAUAUAUAUAUAUAUAUAUAUAUAUUCAAACUGCAGAAAAAAAAAUGCUUAGAAAUGCUCAAAUUUGUACUGUUGAUAGUUUAUAUAUUUUUAAAUGUUUAAAACACACACACAGUUUUGAUGACUUUGUUCCACCUGAAGUUGUAGGACUGAAAAAAACCAAGCUAACGUUGAAAUCGAAUAAUUCUCUCUCUGAAAGAAAUAAAGGAUUGGCACACCAGCAGAGACGGCUUCUCUUGGUGCUACUCACGUCCAACAAACUGUGCCUCUCCAGUCUGAUCUUGUGGUGCUUUCUGCCUGGUGGGAUGACCCGGGCCACGCCAUGCCACGCCACGCCCUCCUGGUCUGCAUUUUUGGCUCGUGAUUUAUUCUCCUUGCUCCUCUUGACAUUGCUAGAACUGACUGGCUUUUGUAGGGAAGUAAGAUGUUGGACGGGGUGGGGUGCAGUCGGCUCUGUUCUCUAGGUCCAACUGCGGUGGUAAUGCAUAUUGCAGACAGGAAGGUGAGAAUCGCGCACCUCUCCCAGGACACCCCCCCCCGGCGUGGCCAAGUGGACGCCAUGGUGCUCAGUGGGGAUCUCCCCACAGGUGUUCAGACAACAGGUGCGCUUUGAAGAGGUGCUUGCCUUAACGGUGCAAAAUCCAAAGGGGGUUUCGGUAACCACAGGGCCCAGUCCCUUGGACAAGUCUCUCCUCCAUCCCCGCCCGGCGGCUCUUCCCUUUGGCUGUAGAGGAGGUGGCAUUAUUAACAGGUGCCCUGUCACCUCGGUGGUCUCUGGCCUUGGGCAGUCCCUCUUUAGACCUUUCCAUCCCAACAGCCACGCUAGAGCAGCCUCUGCAUCUGUUCCCCUCUUCCCUCCCCUAGUUCUGUAGCGGUUGGGUCCUUCCUCCCCCCCUUGGCCUGACACGCUGUUUUUCGUUGCUUGCAUUGUUUGGCAGUCCCAGUCUUGUAGACCCGCUUCUGCCACCCCAUCUCAAAAGCUGGGGGAUCGUCCAAGGAGGUUUUGUCCCCCUCCACAGAUGAGAGGCCAGCUUAUGGUGGCCAGUUAAUUCCUUGGUCCUUGCGAUGCAGGGGUUUUCCCGUUCCCCGGUACUUCCCUGAAACUCAUUCCUAGCAGAUGCAUCAAAGCCUGCUUGUCCCAAGGAUGCUGACCGCCUGUGCGCAUGGCUCCGUGGCUGCUGGUGUUGGCUGGGUCGUUCUCAGCCGCGCUCGACAAACGUGAGCUACAGCAGACGUCUCUCAACUUCAUGUGGGGGUGAGUGGGUGUCAUCUGUUCCGAUGUAUUUUUGUUAGCAAGCUUUUGAUACUUGAUAGAGAGAACUGCUUUGCCUCUUCUAUAUUUUAUGGACUUUAAAAGUGUGCUUGCUGCUUUUGUACUGCUUUUGCGUAAGUAGGUUUUAAUGCAGUUCCACACCCACAGAGACAACACACCCACAUACCACAAUCUCUAGCUGAACUGUGUGUCACACUUAACAAACUGGUGCAUUACUUGCGGUGUGGGGGGAGGGAAUAACGUAGUAAUUUGUGACUUGGUGAUGUUCAGUGUACAGGGGAAAAAAAGGUGCACCACUUCUGGGAAGCGACUCGUAUUUUAUAGAGCUGUUCUAAAAUUUAUAAAUAGAUUUCAUAUGCUUUUCGUUUAUUUUGUAUUAGCUGGUGUUAAUAGUAAAUCCGGGGGUGGGGAUAUAAAGGGUUGUGGGUUUUGUAAGAUUUAAUUUAUUCAAGCGUGUAAAAGCAACCGAGGUGGGGAGCUUGGCGUGGACAGAUCCUUGCUCUGCGCACAGGGUAGUUUUGGACGGAGGGCUGGCUGAAGAAAUUGCAAUAAUAACAGAUCAGUGAGAUUUCAGCAGGUCAAGGUGGAACUAUUGUGGUGCUCUCUGUGCCGGCUAGCCAGUUACAGGGGUGGUUAGGGACAAGAUUCCAUCAGCGGUGCCUCGUGUCUGUUUCUUCCCUGCCUGCUGGGGGGGACCACCUUUCCACAGCUGCCUACCUUCCGUUCACCAUUGCCCCAUCACCCAAUGAGGUUCUCGGCUGCGUUUCUCAUAUACAGGCCCCAGGAGAGCGGGGGGCAUGGAGAGUGGAAGCCCAUCUAGGAUCAGUGUUUCCAGGGACCCUUCAGUGUCCUGGAGCUCACCAAGCAAGCUCCUGCAUUUGCCCCAGUUCGGGGUGGAAGAGAAGAGUUGGGGUGGGAGGAGAUGCUCCUUCCCUUGCUCGUCUUGGGCCCUGCAACUACUGUGCUCAUGGGCAUUGCGUGCUCAAUCAAUGGCUCAUGAAGGGGAAAACUGGCACAGGGUGGGCCGCCUUUCCUCCCCCCCCCCCCCGCCCUGACCCUGUCCUCGUAGACUGUGCCUGAAGAGGCAUGUUUGUCUGGGAUACCUUUUGCCACUUGGCCCUUAACGUCCAUCAGAUGGGUUUUCCUUGAGGAUGGUUGGGCAGGCCGCCUAGCUGAUUUCCACCGGGUGCGGAGAGUCCUGCGUUUCCGGCAGCCGCCACACACACGACGGUUGUCUGAAUUGGUUGCCGUCUGUUGGAUUUCCUUUGCCAAGGCGGGCAAAAGUGUCUCUGGAAACAAGGAAUGUCUGAGAGGAGAGAGCACCCCGCCAAACGUCCUCUAGUAGCUUCUAGCAGCAGCCCCUCAACCAGGGUUCCUCCAACAUGGGUCCACGGACGUUGGACUGAUUGGAGUUGUAGUCCGACGACUCCCCCAUCUCCCUCCUUGGAGAACUCCUGCUUCGAACCCCGCGCCGCGUCCUGGAGUCCAGGACAAAGUGGUGUUCCCACCCGGUGACCAGCUGUGCGUGCUCUCUGGCCUUCGCCCCCACAGGAAGGAGUCGAUCUCUAGCAUAGCGGAGGUGGGUUUUGUAUGAGAAGGGAGAGGUGCAUUUCCUGUGUAUCAGCAGCCCUAAACAUCACCAUGCUACUGAGCGCCAGCGCGUGGCCCUUCUACUGCAAAAUGUCCUCUGCAGAAAAACCCACUCGUUUGACAAUCAACCCCUACCCCCUUGUUGGCCACUCUCUUGCCCUCUCUUGGCUCUUCUCAUCCUUGGCUGCAGGUGGGCUGUGGCGAUUUGAGGCUUGAGGGCCUGAUCUCCCCCCGCCCCACUUUGCCCUUCCCAUCUGUCUUCUUAAAAAAAUCUCGUGACAUGGAGUCCUCUCCUCUCCUAGUGAUGGCCCCUCCCACUCUUCACUUUGACACUUGUUAGACUCCGGAAAGGGAGGUGGCUGGGUGUCUUCUCAAGAUCCGGUUCUCUUUGACGAUGGUGCUGGCCGCUGCUGCUGCUUAGCGGGCUCGCUUGCCUCCCCUUGCUUGAGAGGCCUUCCUGGCCGUCUUGCCCUCUGUGGGUGGACACAGGCCCACAAGAGAGAGGAGUCUCCUCUCUCGCAGCCCGUCCGUGAGUCUUGCUGUCCCUCUAGCUAGCUUCUUGGCGUUCAAAGUGUCGGGGCAGACACUUUACCUGGAGCGAACCCUGGGGGGCUUUUCUCCGCAAGGGGGCUUUGCAUGUGGCAUCGGUCCUCCACCGGCCGGCCGGCUGGCCGGCUGGCCUGCUCCUUCAGCUCGCUUCCAAGCAGACGUUCCCCUUGGGAGGCCAGAUGUUUGCCAAGUCUCCAGGCCUCUUCAUUGUGCUGCUAUAGACAAGGCCAUGGGAUAGUGGCCUUCCCUUCCUUAUGAAACAGAGGCAGGCCCCAGGCUCACUUCAGCAUUCCCGGCCGGCUUUCUUGGACCCUGACUUGGGCAGGAUCCCCCAUUUUUUCAUGUGGCAGCUAUUCAGGUCUGGGAGUGAUCGGGUCCCCAAACCCAGUACCCCAUGGGAUGCUCUCCCCCAAAGCCCGCCUUACUCCGCCUUGGGCUCAUCAUUCUUGCCGGUGCUCUCGUUUCCAAGGACUGUGGCUCACGAAGGCUGGCCGUCGGCUCCAGCCACACGACCGAAGAACCUUUCCUCUUGAAUAUCGUCUCCCCAACUCCCCCAGACGUGGAGACCAAUCUCCGAUCAGUCCGCUGUUGACCUGGAGAUGAUGCACCUUUGUGUUCGGGGACGGGCCGAGCACACGGGCGACGCCACCCUCCGGGAACUUCAUAGCCAACAGUUCUGGCCCUCCCUGCCUGCCUGGUCGGUCGGGUUGCAACACCGGCACCAACACCCUUUCCUGUCCUUAGCCCCAGAGCUGCAAAAGGGAAGUGUUGCCUGAUUUUUGCCGCAGUUGCAUUUUCAGGGCGGCAGCUUGCUUGUUCAUUCCCCAAGACUCAAACCUGACCCUGCUUUCUGGUGUGGAAUAUGGUGCUAUUUCUCUGCCCGUGACAUCAUCUCGGGGCAUGUGUGCAUGCACAUGUGUUCGUUGCCUCUCCAACCUGGAAGCCACGCCACGCCCCCCGCUCCGAACUCCACUCCAUGCUUGUCUUAAAUCCUUCUGACCAAGUGCACAGAUUUGUCUCGUGGCAUCCUGGCUCACCUGUUUGUCUACGCUGGCUUUGGACGUAGGGCUGCUUCUAGGCUCGCUCUGGCCAGGGAGACUAGCCGUCUGGCCGGCUUGCUUGCUUGCUUUCUGUGUUUGAACUCGCAUAGCAACGCCUGCACCCAGGGCACUAUUUGAAAUCUGUGUAAUGGGGAGUGUGCCGCUUUGAAAUCCAAACUGCCUCUUGUCUCUUGCUUUUUACCUAAUUUGAGAAACAAACCCAAACCUUUGCCUACUGUGUAUCGCUAGGUUUUUCGUGGACACAUCCUUAAGCACAUGCACAGAUUGUGCAAAAAUGAAUUUGAAGAAUUUUGUAGUUGUCUGCAAAUGAUGAGGGGUCAUAAUUGUGCGUUGGGGUGAAGAGUGUGUGUGUGUGUGUGUGUGUGUGUUGUGUGUGCUAUUGCAGCAGCCAUGAUGGGAGGAAAAGUUGGAUUUGGUGGGCUUGUUUUCAGUUUUAAAGCACAGGUUGCUUCAGAGUGAAAGCAUUUUGGGUGGGUGUUAUGAGGCAAUGGAGUUUUGCCCCCAGAAAAUAAGCAGGUUUUCUCUGGUGAAUAAAGUGUAUUUAAAUGAAUCUACAGAAAACAAAUAAUGCAGUAAAAAAUGAACAUAUGGGGCCACAACGUCUACUUUGAAACCAGCCUUCCUAUAUUCUUAAUAUCCUUCAAGACCUUUUACUGGGCUGCCUGUCCUUGUGAGGCUGGGUAUUUUUCAUAUUUUUUAAAAAAUGAAAGGAAACAGAGGGGAGUUGGAAUCAGACUAUCAGUUUCCAAAACCUUUUCUUGGGUGGUCGCCGGUUGGAGAUUCUCUGAUCACCAGAGGUGACCAGGUCAAGGUUGGUUCUCCAACUCGGUGCAGACUAAAGAUCUCCUCCAGGCAACCCUAGCGCAACUUAGCGAGGAUCCUUUCAGAACUGAUCAGGUUGCCAUUUCCUCAUGACACACUGAUUGGGAGUUUUUAAUCUAGCCCCUGCCCUAGCUCCCUAUAGCUGUGUGGGAUGGCGAUUUAUUUCUGCAAUGGAUAAGGGAAACUUUGGGUCGAAUGGCCUAGCUAAAUUUGCUCUACUUCUCGGUGUUCCACAUUUGAGUCUUCAAGAAACACACUUUGCAAAAGUCACUAGACUGGUUAAGGCCUUUUUCUUUUUUCUUUUUAAAGGUGUGAAAAUCUGAUUUGGGAGAGUUGAAGGGGAAAUUCAGUGAUGGAAAUUGCUGUUGCUCAGGAAUUCAUUUGUAAAAUGUAAAAUAAAAUCCAUUUCUUAAUGGAUUGAAGAGUACCCAUUUUCUUGCUUAGAGGUGGUGAUAUGGGAUGUUCUUUCCUAGGGACUAGGAGCUUUGUUUUGUACACAUUAGACCAUGAAAAGGAAAUUUUAUUUAAAAUUCAAUACUCUCCUCUAAUGUAUCGGGUUUGUCUGGUUUUGUUAAUUUGCUCAGUCAGUUUGACUUCUCAUUCUUCUAUAGAACUCAUGUGAAAACUUCUGGUGUGUGUAUAUAUGUAUGUAAUAAUCUUAUCUAUAUUUUUUUCCCCACCCCGUGUCCUUUCCAGUUCUCUGCACUGCAAAAUUUCCUCGCUCAUUCUAAUCUCCUCCCAUAUGUCCCCAUAUGUCCCCUUGAUUUGUAAUUGAAAAAAAAUGGCUUUGAAGUUUGUCUUUAUAUUAAAAAAAUGUAUGUAUUUUAAUACGCUGUA